ACACAGAAGCUGUUUAAACGCGGUCCUGUUUUGACGCACGCGUAGCUAAAUUUGAGAAAAUUGCAACGAUCAAUUAUUUUCUGAAUUAUGUGUUAUGUGAUCGUUUGAUAUCUUUCGUAAAAUAAAUACUCUGUGAUGUCGAACAAACCUAAUACAAUCGAUGUACCUGAUAAGGAACAAAAUCAACAACGAGAUUCAAUUGUAAUCGAAGAUGCAUCAAAUGCAAAAAUUGCGGAUUUUGAAACGGCGAUUACUGUCGCUGGGACCGGGAAGUUUCAACAUCUUCUCAUUUUUGCGAUCAUCCCGGCCUCCUGGGCAUCGAGUAUAGAUACGGCUAAUAUGUCGAUGAUACUCCCAUCGGCGGAGUGCGAUUUAGGAUUGUCACUGUUUGAUAAAGGGCUUUUGAAUGCUAUUAUCUAUGUAGGUAUGCUAUUGAGUGGUUUUAUAUGGGGAUACUUCGCUGACGUUAAAGGAAGAAAGAAGAUUUUAAUAUAUGGCUAUAUGGCGGAUGGUAUAUGCAAUGUACUCUCAGGAUUUUCGCAAAACUUCGAGACGCUCUUAUUCUUCAAAUUUCUCAGUGGCCUUCUUGUGUGCGGUCCAUAUGCCGCUCUUAUGGCAUACAGCGCGGAAUUUUAUGGCACCAAAGGUAGAACGAAGAUUCCAAUUCUCGUUGGCUUCUCGGUUUCCUUUGGAUGUGUAGUGAAUGCAGCGUUGGGUUGGCUAGUGAUUCCUCAGCCGUGGUCGAUUGUUCUUUGGGAUGGUGCCUUCGUCUAUAAUUCCUGGAGGAUGUUUCUGUCCCUUUGUGGAGUAUCGUCGUUGAUAGGUGUCUGUUGUCUGUCUUUCUUCCCAGAGAGUCCUAAAUUUCUGAUGACACAGAAUCGUAAUAAAGAUGCUCUUGAAGUUUUCAAGAAGAUCUACAGUAUGAAUACUGGUCUGCCUAAGGAUAAUUAUCCUAUAUGUGCUUUAAACGAUGUAAAUCUAAACCGUAUUUUAAAUACUCUUCGCCUCUGGCAGCCACAACUUUUUGCGACGAUAAAUGAUUUUUACAGCCUUAAUACCAACAUAACUGAGCCUACUUUUUGUGAAAUACUGGAUAUUUCGAGAUCUAUUAAUGCAAAUAAAACUGUUGCAUUAGAAAGCUCAACUUGCGAGAAUAUUGUUGUAUCAAAUUCAAUGUAUAUCGACAGUAUCAUUGUAUCGGCUACCUCUAGUAUUUUUAUAUUGUGUGCCAGUAUUGCUGUUAAUUUUCUGCAACACAAAUAUUUAUUAUUUAUCGGCUACGGAUGCUCGAUUUUGUGUCUGAUAGCUUUAAUCUGGUCUACAAGUUCAUUAUCUACUCUUAUACUCACGUGUCUAUACGUCGGAAUAAUGAGUAAGAGUUUCUACGUUUUAGUAGGCGCAACCGUUUUACUUUUUCCCACAGCUUUAAGAACCAUGGCAGUAAGCAUAGAAAUGCUAACAGGAAGACUGGGAUCUAUAACCGGCAAUCUCAUAUUCCCUGUUUUACUCGAGUAUGGUUGUAUAGCACCGAUUAUUAACUUAAUAUGUUUCACAUCGUUAUGCUUGCUUCUUACGUAUUUCCUACCAAGUACAAACAAGCAUGCGACGUAAGAUCUUGAGAGAAGGAUUUAAGCAGAAGACGAGUUUCACUUCUUGCUAUCAUCUCCAUAAUAAUAUCCUCAUCUUUGGAGAUCCAUAAUCGUUUAGCAGAGCCGAACUGGAGGCUCGAAGGACCUGAAUCGAAGCUUAUCGCGAGCUGUGAUCGAGCUCGUAUGAGGGCGGACAAUGGCCAUGCAUAUAUAUGCACCACACAACGAAAGACUGUAUGAGACCUUGAGUUUCACUUUCGACACAUCCUGGAGAGCCCUCCAGCCUUCACCCACAUGCUCAUCCCCCUCUAUCCAGCGCUUCUUCUAGUGUGGACGCAGCUUUAUCGCAGAUCUCAGGACCUCGCUACCGCCGUCGAUCGGUGCAAUAAAAUGUACCGACGUAAGUAAACUUGCACGCUCAUAGUCUUCACCUCGAAAAAAUCAGACAGAAACGUGCAAACUGCGUAGCGUAAAAUUUUUUAAACUGUUAUUAAAUGUACGGUUAUAUCUUGAUAAACCUUCAACUAAAGAUGAUUAAAUACAUGAUAGGAAUGUUUUGUGGUCUGAAAUGUUUUUGGACAUACGAUGCAACGUGUAAAUCCAGAGAAUUACGAAGCGCAUCAUACGUUUGCGUAGCUAUUUCAUAAUAUUUAGCUUGUACAAACGUAAUAUACGAACUUUUAUUUUAUAAUUGAAUUGAUGGUUCUUGAGAAUUUUUGCACAGUAAAUUAGCGAUAGGAUUUGUAAAUUGCUCACGUUCUUUAUGUGUA